AUGGCGAAGUUAAUCCCUUUUACAUUGGCACUGUUUUUGGCAUUUACGUCUGCGUAUUCUCUACCUUUCGUCGUUUUCCAUGGUGUUUCACAUAAUUGCAACAGCAAGUCAGUGCAACGUAUUACCAAUCUUCUAAGCAAUUGGUCGGGUUCCGAAGGACAAUGCAUUGAAACUGGAGAUUCGUGGCUCGUGCCAAUCAAACAACAGACUGAAAUUGCUUGUGAGAAGGUGAAAAAUAUUAGUGAGCUCAGCCAUGGCUACAACAUAGUUGGAAUUUCCCAGGGAAAUAUCAUUAGUCGUGCUGUUAUUGAGUUUUGUGAAGGAGCCCCUCAAGUGAAUAAUUACAUAUCACUGGCUGGUCCACAUGCUGGGAUAGGUGCGUUUCCUUAUUGUGGUUCCCGAAAAAUCUGCAAUCUGGUGCACUAUUUCUUAAAAUUAGGAGUAUAUAGUAAAUAUGUGCAGGAAAACUUUGCACCGGCUGGUUAUAUAAAAGACCCAACUGUUAUUAAUCAAUACAUGAAAAGAUGCAAGUUUCUUCCUCGACUGAAUAACGAAUACAAGGAUCAGAAGAAUGAUGUUUACAAGAAAAGAUUCGCCAGCUUGCAGAAUCUUGUGCUUAUCAAGUUUGAGGAUGAUGAGGUUUUGAUUCCGAAUGAAACCGCAUGGUUCGGGUAUUUCUCAGAUGGGUCGCGGUCGCGGAAAAAGGUUUUGCCUGUUCAAGAGAAAACAUUGUACAAAGAAGAUUGGAUUGGUUUACAGAGUUUAGACGAAGCUGGUAGGGUGAAAUACAUAAAUGUAUCGGGAGGACACCUUGAUGUAUCGAAUAUCGAUAUGAAGAAAUACAUUGUGCCUUAUUUGGUAAGAAGCGCCUCGAGAUAUCCACCCUCGAUAUGA